CAUCGUGUUUUCCAGAGCACAGAUUAGGCGCGUCAACAUGAAGUCAAUGAUAGCUUUGCUGUUUCUCGCGGCGGUGGCCGCAUGCGCUUGGGCGGAGAUGGAAUAUCAUCCUCAAGCUGUAUUGCAUUAUCUGGAGAUGGAAGAUCGUGAAAUGGCGAGGAAAGUUCGCAGUAUAGUCAAAGCGAGGGGGUUGCCGAGCGGUAAGCCAAGCUUUUCACCAAGCUUCAAGCCAACUGGAAUUUCCCUACCAGUCAAAUUAUGCAUUGUUGGGGCAAUUAUGUGCCACAAGAAAGCUGGGGAUGAUGCCUGUAAACAUUUGGAGUGCAUCAAGAAAACUGGAAAGUGCCUGCACGAAGCAGGCGUACGUUUACAUCACCUGCCCGAUAAUGUGGUAAGUACUGAGCUAUAUCAGUUGUUAUCAAAACCUGGCGGAUCAUUGGAUAAUGCAAUUCAAGAGUUUUCAUUGGCUUAGCCAUCGUGGUAUAUGAGCCAUUAUACCAAGCUCUACAAACGUGAUAAGAGUGCGUGUAAUUUUUUGAGACGUUUCUACUUUUAAUUUAUUUUAGUUUCCUAUUGUUUGGGAGCGUUUUUUUUUAAUAAAACAAUUAUCUCACUCACGUUUGUUGGAAAUGAGAUGACUAUCUAUCAUCUCAUAUCCAACAAGCGCGAGUGGAAUAAUUGUUAAUUAUUAAAUUC